AUGUCUCUCAACGCAACUGAUAAAUCUGAAACGAGGUCAGGCCAUCAUAUAAAAAGUGAUAAAAGAUCACCGUCAAUGAAAGUAGCACUAUCCGCUUUCAUGGGUAGUUCUGCAAAUUCAAGUACGACUUCAUUACAUUCGCAUGCACAUUCAAGCAAAAAUUCUGGGAUAGCAAGCACAUAUUCGAAUGCUUCACUCCCAGUGGCUAGAAGAAAUUCAGCUCAUCAUUUUCCAGUGAGAAAAACUAGUAAUAGUAGCUCACAUAGUCAUAAUAAUAACAAAACAAGUCAAGCCCCUUUAAAUCAUCCGCAAUUAAAUAACGAUAGUUCUGCUGAUUUGGGAAACACCAGAAGACAUAGUAUUGCAGUUUUCUCACCAUCACCAAAUGGUAAGUCUACAAAUCCAUUUAGACAGAGUAGUUCCUCUGAUAGUCAUUCUAUAACUUUGACCCCAGUGCAUUCGCCAGCUUCUACUAGGCCUGUAUCAGCAAAUACCGAUUCAGCCUUGUUAUCAAAAUUAGGCAAAACAUAUCUAAGGGAUUAUUUGAAGGCAAGAGGUUUGUUAGAGAAGAAAUUGAUAUUCACAGGUGAUAAUAUUAAGAUUUCAGUGGCCGAUAGUGGUAGUACAAUGUUUUUAGCUUCAAAUCCUCGCAGAAGUGAUGCAUAUUAUGCCAGAAUGAAUGGGUAUGCAGAUUCAGAUGCCGCCGAUGAUCCAUAUUUAUCAAGAAAUGACACCACUCUUCGAAACCCAGCUUCAAGUGCAAGCUCAGGAGACCGCUUAAACAGAUCAAGAGCAUCAAGCAGUGCAUCUGGAAGGCAGUCCAUAAAUUCAAGAAGUAAUUCAUCAACUGAUUCCGAUGAGACCGUUCACCCAUAUAACGUGGCCAUUAUUGUAACUGUUAAACAGAGUACACAAUUGAAAGAUAUUGAAGCAAAUUUGUUCUCAAGAAUAAGGGUUUUUUGGAAAGAAGGUGUUCCUCCAACGAAAUCUUUCAAAGAGGAAGUAUAUAAUUAUGGUAGUAUAAAAUGGACAUUGAAUUGCAAGAACUACGAUCUAUAUAUCCCAUGUAAGGUCUCCUCGAAAGAUAAAAUUGUGAACAAUAAUAUCAAAGAAAGAAAAUUGGAAAUAUUCAGGAAUAUACCAGAUAAAGAUAGGAUUUAUGCAGAUGCUAGUCAUUCAAAAGAAGCAAUAUUUGACCGACUAUCCAAAACAGAAACAAAAAAAUUUCAUUCGGGCACUUACGUUUUCAUGUUACCUGUCGCAUUUUCUGAUAAUGUUCCUGAAUCAUUAUAUUACCCAUCUGCUCGUAUUGGAUACCGUGUUUCUAUUGCUACUAAGAUAGAAAAAACUAAAAAAGAUCAUUUAUCUUCGAAAGAUUCUCAUCGUCUAUAUUCAGGAACAUCAACAGGCAGUAAAGAUUCCUUGAAGGAAAUUGGAGAUAUUCAGCCGGGUGUUAAGCAUAGCAGCUCUACCUCUUUAUUUAAGAAAGUGAAGAGCUCUUUAAGCAUAGCAAAUGACACUGUUGAACACAGUAAAGAAAAUCAUUCCGCAAAUAAAAUUUAUGUUGAAUAUCCAUUAACUAUUAUCCGUACUCCUCCUCCUAGUUCUACAACGACUGCAAAUAGAUCAAUUUAUGUUAAUAGAACUUGGUCAGAUGCAUUAGGUUAUGAAAUCUCGUUUGGUCAAAAAUAUAUACCACUUGGCAGCAAGGUACCUAUAAAGUUAAAAAUAUCACCAUUAACUAAAGACAUCAAACUUCAUAGAGUUAGAGUUAAUCUUUUAGAAAAGGUAUCCUUUGUCAGCAAGAACUAUGAAUAUGAAUUUGAUCAAAUUGAUGUAAUUUCAAAAGAUCCAUACAGCCCAUACUAUAAAAACUUUCAGGCAAUGAGAAGAAAAUGUCGCAGUCUAUCACUCCUAGAAAUUAGGACAAAAGAAAAAGGUGGACAUGCAUUGAGGGAAGAAAUAGUUGAAAAUUGUUUCGCUGGUAAUUUAUUAGCUUAUGACUCAAUUAAAGAUUAUUCAAAAAAGACUGAUAAGGAGAGACCCGAAAUUGGAAUUAAUGAACCUAUUGUGAUUGAAACCAAUAUUGAAUUUCCAAAAUUUGUGGAUCUGGAUAAAAAAGGAACUAGAAAUAUACCACCAUAUGGCGUUGACAGUUAUGUUUCUGUAAACAGUACAGAUAGCGAUGAUGUAAAACAGCCUUUAAACAAAAGACAUUCAAGUAUUCGUGGUUUUUUUACUACUGCGCACUCUUCAACUGAAUUAAAACCAGAAGUGAAUCAUACCACCGAUCCUAGAUUACUUGAAACCAAGAUCUUAACAAACUCCGGUAAAGAUAUUAAAUUAAAUACCAGCGUGCAUAUGGCAAAACGUGGUUUAUAUGUCGAUAGUUACAAUUGUGCUAAUAUCAGUUGUAAACAUAAAUUGGAAAUUAUGUUUAGAGUUAGCAAAAAAGAUGAUGUCAAUCCUACUAAAAUAAGAAAUUAUGAAGUUGUAUUAGACAUACCUGUCAUAAUCGUCUCAGAUAAAUGUGUUGUGGAGAGCAUGGAGUUACCUACUUAUUCUAUGGCUAUAAUGGAUAAUCCUCAUUCAGAUCUAGCUUCUACUACUAAAAAUGCCGUAGAUGAUGUUUUUCCUCCAAGUUUUGAAGAAGUGUUUUCUGUUCCUGCAUCUCCAUUGGGUUCGCCUUUCGCUUCGCCAACAAAUUCUCCAAGAAUGAGAGCAAUGUUUUCUAAUGAUGACCUUUCUGACCAUUUAUCAUUAUCUAAGGAUGUUUCAUCACUGAAUCUCAACAGAACUGGUGAGUUUGUCUCAACUAAUCCUUUCCAUUUGAAUUAUUCCAGUAAUACAGAUAUUGCAUCUAUGGUAAAGUCGUCCCAACAAUUCACCACUUUUGAUAAUCUGGAUGACCUUCUAGGAAGUCCUAAAAAGGAUGGCAUUGAUGAAAAUUUAGUUAAAAGCGGUGACAGUGAUAGCUUAGUCGCAAUAGAUGUUCCUUAUUGUUUGUAUAGUCCGGACAAGAAAAAGAAAUUAACGAUAAAUGAAAGUCAACCUGAAGGUCUUUUCAAAAGUGAUUACAGUUUUAAGCCUAAAGGUUCAAAUCACAGUCUAAGUGGUAGUGAUGAGAUUUAUCAUGAAGUGCUGGGGCCUGAUUUAAAGAAAUCGUUCACAAAAUCUGAUCCGCCUACUUAUGACGAUAUUGUAAGCAACAGGUGA